AUGAGGGACUUGCUGGUCGUCCAGGAACCAGAGGAGAGGUUGGAUUACCCGGGCUCUCUGGAGAGAGAGGAUCAGAGGGGCAGAAGGGUGAAACAGGAAGAUUUGGAAUCAUUGGUUUACAAGGGUUUCAAGGGCCAAAGGGGGCCAACUGGUGAUUUUGGAUAUAAAGGAAUCCCCGGUCCCGAAAGGCCCAACGGGUAUUCUGUUUUGUAUUUAACUGUUGUUAUACUGAACCUACAGCUUCGAAAAUAUGAUGACUCACCAGUCCAUACACUCUUCGACUCCAACGCUGAUCAAAGUACAGAGAGUUUCCAGAGCACAGAAAAGGCUCUGCCUGACCACAACUCAGACAUCUUCAAGACACUGCACUACCUGAGUGAUGUGAUCGAGAGCAUCAAGAAGCCACUGGGCACCCGCGAGAACCCUGCCCGCGUCUGCAAGGACCUGCUUGACUGUCAGCAAAAGAUCUCUGAUGGGCGUUUCUGGAUCGAUCCAAACCUUGGCUGUACGUCGGACGCUAUUGAGGUCUUCUGUAACUUCACUGCUGGGGGACAGACCUGUUUGACCCCUCUGGCUUCCAACAAGAAGGUAUUUGGUGUGGGGAAAGUCAAAAUGAAGUUUCUUCAUUUACUGAGCAUGGAGGCCAGCCACGGCAUCACGGUCCACUGUCUCACAGAACCGCUGUAUAACACUGCAGUCAACUCCAGUGCAAACAGGCACAUCCCAAUUGUCAGAAGCCACCUGAGGUUCCGCGGAUGGAACGGACAGAUAUUUGAGAAAGACAUUCUACUUGAACCUCAUGUGCUACAAGACGGUUGCAAGGUCCAAGAUGGCAGCUGGCACCAGUCGCUAUUCAGCUUCCAAACUCAGGACAGCCGUCAGCUGCCCAUCACAGACAUCCAGGAGCUCACCUCAUCACAGCCCCCCAGCCAGCAGCAUAUAGAAGUUGGACUGGUCUGCUUCCUUUAGGGCCAACGUUUUCUUAGCAUAUUUACACAGAUAUUUAAAAUUGGCCACUUUGAUACGGCUAGCAACCAGAGAGGCUUGAAACACCAAGCCAGGAGGAUGGGUUCCCGAUCUGCAUGGAACUCCCUCAUCCAAUGACCCGUGGACAUCCAUGGAGUUGCUUUGAUGGAAGAUCCACGCAAAGAAGGCCAAAAGGAGAACAGUGUAUCUGAUUUUUUUUAAGCAAUUCAAUUUGGUUUUGUAUUGUUUUGGUGUGUGUCUGUGUCUGUGCGUCUGUGAUGUUGGUGUGUCUGUGUCCGUGUGUGUCAGGUACAUAAAGGUGCUUGGGUUGACUGCAUUCUUGACUGAAAUAACCCUAUGAGAACUCGGGGUCGAGCCUGUCUUUGCAGCUACCUUAACAAUCCCAAUAACCCCAACGCCCCCACCCCCACACACACAUAUCCCCUGUCCCACCAAAUCACCAAUCAAUCCUUAGCAGGGGUGUCUAGCCUAAAAGGACAGUUCCACACCUUUGAAUAGGAGCGACAUCUGUAACUAUUAGUUCUCAAGAGUGCAAUAAAUAGCAUGUCGAAGAAAAACGUGUGAACUUUUUAAAUAUUACAUUUUAAAUCAAAGGCUAUUUUUGUCUUCAUGGUUCUUUUAGUUAUUGUUGUUGUCCUUAAAGACAUGUUCAUCUUCAUAGAUGGUGCUCUACCUCUACCCAUUUAUUUUUUUCUUCUAGGUUUUUAUAGCUGUAUCAAGUUAAGUAUUUUUGCCUCUCCCCCCUUCAUUUGUAAUUACCGGUUAUAUCAAGUUAUCUUUUCUGUUGUAUACAUAAUUGUUUUGAUUUGGUCAUUUAUAAUUUAUGAACCAUUUUUGACAGCAUUAUUUCAUUUUCCUGCUAAUUGGUACUUUCAGCAGUGGAAACUUAUCAUUGGUGCAGCAGCAAUAAUGAAAUCAACAGUGAGGUUUUCUCUUUUUUAGUAUUGCCUCUGUAUAUAUUGAUAAUCAAACAUAGUUAUGUAUGUUUGAUUAUUUAUAUCCCAGUUGUUUCUGUUCACAUUACUGCACCACAGUAAGUUAUUUUCUCAGAGAACUAUUUGACCAAUGUUAACUUGUCCACACAUAUGUCAUGUUAUAAUGGUUGGACUGGCAGCUACCGUAAGCCAGAACCAGAAUCCAAAAAAGAAAAAGAGUCAUCAUUUUUGUAAGUUAUAUAUCUAUGGACAGAAGUGUAAUUAAAUCUAAUGGUCUGGAGGAUAAAGACAGAUGGAAAUAUGUGAAUAUCAGUUAUGUUGACAUUAAAUAAAGGAAAAAUGUUAUCCAUCAA